UUUCUACAGCAGUAUCGACAUUAUGAAUCAAAUCUUCAAAUUUUUCAACUGAAACCAUCAACUUACUCCAAAGCACUUGAGGAACUGGUCCUAUUUAUGGCUCAGGUGGCACAUUGUUACCCAGAAGAAGCGUCAAAAUUCCCUGAACACUUAAGAGAUUUACUUAGUUGCCAUGGUGAUGGAUUGGAUAGAAGUAUGAGAAUGACUUUUUGCAAGGCUAUGAUUCUCUUGAGGAAUAAGAACAUGCUAGAAGCAAGCAGUAUGCUGGAACUAUUUUUUAAACUUUUUCGGUGCCAGGAUAAACUUUUGAGGAAGACUCUCUACUCUUAUAUCGUAAAUGACAUUAAAAAUGUGAACAAAAAACACAAAAAUACCAAAUUAAACUCGACUCUUCAAAGUUUUAUGUACACUAUGAUGAAGGAUAACAAUGCAGUAGCUGCAAAAAUGUCACUGGAUGUUAUGAUAGAGUUGUACAGAAGAAACGUAUGGAAUGAUGCUAAGACAGUCAAUGUCAUUGCCACGGGUUGUUUCUCCAAAGUCACAAAGGUGCUUGUAGCAGCUCUACAAUUUUUCUUGGGUCACGAAGGAAAAGAGAACGAGGAUUCAGACAGCGAGGAGGAUGAGGCACCAAAAUCUGAGAAGUCACUGCGACUUUCACACAGAGUGGGAAAACACACAAAGAAAAGGCAGAAAAAGCUGGACAGAGCCCUGCAGACAUUAAAGAAACACAAGAAGAAAAAGAAAACUGCUGAGGUUUUCAAUAAUUCAGCUCUGCAUCUCAUUCACGACCCACAAGGUAUGUGUGAGAGGUUGUUUAAUCAGCUGGAGAAAACAACAGAGAGGUUCGAAGUCAAGUUGAUGAUGAUGGAUUUGACGUCACGCUUGAUUGGAAUACACCAGCUUUUGGUGUUGAAUUUCUACCCAUUUGUCCAACGCUUCUUGCAGCCCCACCAGAGAGAGGUAACAAAAAUACUUCUGUACGCUGCUCAAUCCAGCCAUGAACUUGUUCCACCUGAUGUGAUUGAAGGUGUUUUGAAAACAGUUGCAAAUAAUUUCAUCACUGACAGAAAUUCAGGAGAAGUGAUGGCUGUUGGACUGAAUGCAGUGAAGGAAAUUUGUGCUCGAUGUCCCCUGGCCAUGUCAGCAGAUUUACUGGGAGAUUUAGUACAGUACAAAUCACACAGAGACAAAGGUGUGAUGAUGAGCUCAAGGGCCCUAUUACAACUCUAUAGAAAAGUGAAACCUGAUCUUCUCAGUAAAAAAGACAAGGGAAAACCGACAGAGGCCAUGGCUGAGGCAGACACUCUGGUAUAUGGAGGAAAUUUAGCUAAAGAUUUUAUCCCAGGGGCAGAAAUUCUACCAGAAGAGGAAGAACAAAAAGAGGAGUCAAAGGAAAAAGAUGAUUGGGAGUCCUGCAGUGAUGAGUCGGAUAGCGAGGGGGAAUGGAUAGACGUUCAUCACUCGUCAGACGAGGAAACACAGGAAGAAGAACCUCAGAUAAGUAAAGAGGAAAAAUUAAAGAAGGCCCAGAGUGUGUCUAGUAGUCGCAUUCUUACAACAGUUGAAUUUGAGAGGAUUCAGAAGAGGCAGGCAUUGAAGGAGGUGGAGGGAAGAAGAGGGAAGAGAAAACGGGAGGAAGAGGAGGAGGAGGGAGGUUUGCUAACUUUAUCUACAAUUGAAAACAUCCACAAGAAGAGAGCUCACGACAAAGAGAGCAGAUUAUCAACAGUUAUGGCUGGAAGAGAAGGAAGGGAAAAGUUUGGAAAAAAUCAUGAAAAAAUGAAUCCUCAUGCCAGCACAACCAAUAAAAACAAGAAGAAGAAUAAGGCAUUUAUGAUGAUAAAACACAAAGUACAGAAGAAAAAGGUCAAAAGAUCAUUCCGUGAUAAACAGAUUGCAUUACGGAAUUCUUUACUAAAGAGACAGAAAACAAAAAGAUGAAGACUUAUACCUCUGUUGUUAUUUAUAUGAAGAUUUUUAAAUAAAGUGUUAAGCAUUUA